AUUUUAUUAAAAAAUACAUUUAAAUGAGAAUAACAAAUUAAAGUUAUUUAAUCAGUGAAAUAUCUUAAAUGAAUAAACCAUUUGUGAAUAUAUUUGGUUAAUUGUAUAAUAUAUAUAUAUAUAUGUAUAAAUAAUUCUAGUUAUCAUGAACCUCAACCAUAUGACUAAAAUACUUACUUUAAUAUGUAUUGAAACAAUGAUAAGUGAAUCAACUAAAACUGUCAGUACUAAUCCGUGGUAUAUGAAAAAAGAGCAUUUAAUUCACCGAUUUCAUUACAAAGGUAUAGCAACUGAUAGUAAAAAAAUAAAUUCAAUCACAGUUCAUGGUGAACAGGUUCCUGUUGUUCCACUAUCCAUUGCUUUUCUCAUUGAUCCGGAGUUGUCUGAUGAUGAUGCGGACGCAAGCGAUAAAGCAGAAUAUGUUCACAGCUUUUGAAAGAAAACCUCUUUUUCCAAAAAAAGAACAAUGGUAUGAAAAGAAAUGAAAUUUUGAUCACUUACACUUUUGCCAUCAUUUCUGUCAUGAGCAACUUUAUUAAAUAUACAAUAUUUUACUCAGCUUCUGAACUUUAUUGUGCAAAUAAUGAGUGGUCUACCUUAAAGUGUUUUUUAUAACAUAAAAUACAAUCUGUUAGAAACAAUG